AUGGCCGAAGGAGGGGCGAGCAAAGGUGAAGAGCCAGAAAACCUGCCUGAGCUGGUAGAGGAUGAAUCCCAGGUUCUGCAUGGAACCGGCCACUGUAAAUGGUUCAACGUGCGCAUGGGAUUCGGAUUCAUCUCCAUGAUAAGUCGAGAGGGAAACCCCUUGGAAAUUCCAGUGGAUGUUUUUGUACACCAAAGCAAACUAUUCAUGGAAGGAUUUAGAAGCUUGAAAGAAGGAGAGCCAGUGGAAUUUACAUUUAAAAAAUCCCCCAAAGGCCUUGAGUCAAUAUGGGUAACAGGCCCAGGUGGGAGCCCCUGCUUAGGAAGUGAAAGAAGACCUAAAGGGAAGACACUGCAAAAGAGAAAACCAAAGGGAGAUAGGUGGAGACGGCAGGAUUUACUGAUGGAUCAGAUGUGGACUGUGAGAGAAGAAGAGUCCAGGAUGAUUCCAAGAUGCUACAACUGUGGUGGUCUCGACCAUCAUGCUAAAGAAUGCAGUCUACCUCCUCAGCCAAAGAAGUGCCAUUACUGUCAGAGCAUCAUGCACAUGGUGGCCAACUGCCCACACAAGCUUGUCGCUCAGCUGCCUGCUGCUUCUCAGGGAAGACAGGAGGCAGAACCGCAGCCAUGCACUUCUCUGUCACCGAGAGAAGUGGGAGGGGGGCAUGGCUGCACAACGCUGUUUCCUCAGGAGGUGAAGUCAGAAAUGGCAGAACGGUCAGACAGGUCACCCCAAGAAGUUUCUUCCACGAAAGCAUUUUCAGCAAUAGGAGAGCAAAACAAAAAGGGGCCUUUGAUUCAGAAACGGAAAAAGACUUAG